ACGCCGCCAAGGGCAACCUCAGACUUCAGCUGCUAAAACUACACUGCGCCCCUUUACAGUGUCGCUGCGCUUUACGGUGGAACACGUUUAUUCGGAGUGUUGGAUCAAAACGUGCGCACUACAAAUAUUAGUAAAUAGAAGACAGCUGAAGUGAUCUCCGCCUAAUCUCUUGGGAUUUUGGCAGAACAGAACAGAAGAGUCACCAUGGAGUUGCCGGAUAUUCCUUUCCCUAUAACCUCUCCAGAUGACUUCUACGACGACCCUUGCUUCAACACCAGCGACAUGCAUUUCUUUGAGGACCUGGACCCGAGACUCGUUCAUGUGGGUCUCCUCAAGCCGGACGACCACCAUCACAAAGAGGACGAGCACAUCCGGGCACCGAGUGGGCACCACCAGGCUGGCAGGUGCCUCCUGUGGGCCUGCAAAGCCUGCAAGAGGAAGACCACCAAUGCUGAUCGCAGGAAAGCGGCUACCAUGCGGGAAAGAAGGCGACUGAGCAAGGUGAACGACGCCUUCGAGACACUGAAGAGAUGUACGUCUACUAACCCAAACCAGAGGCUGCCCAAAGUGGAUAUCCUGCGGAAUGCCAUCAGCUAUAUUGAGUCUCUCCAAGGCCUGCUUCGUGGGGCCGGUCAGGAGGGCAACUAUUACCCGGUGAUGGAUCACUAUAGCGGGGACUCGGAUGCGUCCAGUCCCCGCUCCAACUGCUCAGACGGAAUGAUGGAUUUCAAUGGUCAGUCUUGUCCACCAAGACGGAGAAACAAGUAUGAAAGCACCUACUUCAACGAAGCACCAAAUGAUUCCAGACACAAGAAGAACUCUGUUAUUUCCAGUUUGGACUGCCUGUCAAACAUCGUGGAGCGCAUCACCACGGAUACCUCUGCCUGUCCCGCUGUUCAGGACGGUUCCGAGGGUAGCAGCCCCUGUUCUCCCGGGGAUGGUUCCAUAGCGAGUGAGAACGGAGCCCCCGUCCCGUCCCCGAUCAACUGCGUCCCAGCCUUCCAUGACCCAAACACCAUCUACCAGGUGUUGUGAAGUCGGGUCGGUGGACUGCAUACAGUAAUUGUACAUUCUUCAAAACACAACUUAUUCCUUAUGGGGAGAGAAAAUGCCAAAGACGUGCCUAAGGUCGCUACAAGGCUACACACCAAAGAAGAUCCGAUGCCGGCUUUGAAAGACAUAAAAAAAUGACGGGUGUCUAAUUUCUUAAAGAACCCUUGGUCUACAUUGGAUAAUGUGUGUGUGUGUGUGUGUGUGUGUGUGUGUGUGUGUGUGUGUGUGUGUGUGUGUGUGUGUGUGUGUGUGUGUGUGUGUGUGUGUGUGUGUGUGUGUGUGUGUGUGUGUGUGUGUGUGUGUGAAUGUAUUUAUAUUGUAGUAAGCCUAUGCUAUUCUAAGAUAGUACAAGUCUGAAUUCAUAUAAACGGAUAGCAUUCUAUUUGUGAUCGACAUCAUUUAAUUCAAUGGAUUAUCUGUGACAUGAACAUUUCCAGUUGGCAAGGCGGAAACGCCGGAGAUAAAUGAAUCCGGAAAGUGAGGACCAUUUUGUAUAUGUGUAAAUAAGAGCUGCUUUGCUAAAAAAAAAGAACAAAAACGAACAACACACAGGAAGUGUUUGUAAUCAUAUUUAAUGUUGCUCUUGGAUUGUUGUGGUAGAUUUUUAACUUUAUAUUUAUAAUAUCAAGAACGGAGUGAAUUACAUUUAAAUAAAUAUAUAUUUAUAUAGA